UUCGCGUGGAAACAGCCCAACAGGCGGAAGGGCGCCGGUCCUGGCUCUUCCUGUUCCUCCCUGUUCAUCGUUCCUCCCCCCCCCCCCUUUCCCAACCCAAGCCGCCUCCACGGAGCCUCUUCGGGGCAAGGGCGGUGCUUUCCUGGAUACAGGAAGCGGAAAGCAGCCGCGGCAGAUGGAGCGGAGGCAGAGGCGACGAUGUCGGCGGGGAGCGCGAGGCUGAUGUUGAAGAUUGAAGGAGCCAUAAACCAAAAAGUAACAUUAUUACUGACUUCAACCUGUGAAUGAUCAAGACUCUAAUUAUACCCACCCAAACUCUUCCUUGGGACUUGGUGGCCCUUCUGAGUGCAAGACGUGUUCCGCUCUCUGCUGUCCCAAUACUUUCCUGUGGCCAUGGAUACGGAGUCAACCUACUCGGAAUAUUCCCACUAUUCAAGUCACUCCAGAAAAGCUCAGAGACAAGGGAGCCGGGAUAGGCACAAAUCGCCACGGAGUAAAGAUGGCAGUCGCUCUGAGAAAUCAGUUACCAUUCAGGCGCCACCUAUAGAUGCAUUGUUGGGGAACGAUUCUCGUGCAGAAGAAGGUCAGGAUGACAACUGGGGUGAGACCACGACAGCCAUCACAGGGACUUCAGAGCACAGUGUGUCCCAGGAGGACCUUGCCGGGCUCAGCAAAGACUUGGAGGACAGUGUUGGCUUGGACUACAAGCGUUACCUUGUCUUCACAGUGGCAGCCAUCCUGGGCCUUCUGGUCUUCCUGACUCCCAUUGCCUUUAUUCUGCUCCCCCAGAUCCUGUGGAGAAGUGAGUUGGAGCCAUGUGGCACAGCUUGUGAAGGACUCUUCAUCUCUGUUGCUUUCAAACUCCUGAUACUCUUGAUUGGCACCUGGGCUCUUUUCUUUCGCCAACCCAAAGCAGACCUCCCGAGAGUGUUUGUGUUCCGCAUCCUCACUUUAGUCCUCAUAUUUCUGCUGAUGUUUUCCUACUGGUUGUUUUAUGGUGUUCGCAUUUUGGAAUCCAAGGACCUCAAUUACCAUGGAAUUGUACAGUUUGCUGUGUCCCUGGUGGAUGCUCUGCUUUUUGUCCACUAUCUUGCCAUCAUAGUAUUGGAACUGAGGCAGCUGCAGCCAAUGUUCACGGUCAAGGUGCUUCGAUCAACAGAUGGAGAAUCGCGCUAUUAUAGCUUGGGACACUUGAGCAUCCAGCGGGCUGCUUUAGUUAUCCUGGAAAAUUACUACAGAGACUUUGCAGUCUAUAAUCCAAUGUUGUUAACGGCUUCUAAAGCACGGGCAGCAAAGCACAUGGCAGGCCUGAAGGUCUACAGUGUUGAUGGACCAGGUACCAAUGCUGCUGGGCAGUCCAGAGCCAUGAUUGCUGCUGCAGCUCACUGCAGGGAUUCCAGUCACAAUGAACUCUAUUAUGAAGAAGCAGACUAUGAGCGAAGGGUCAGAAAACGCCGGGCAAGGCUUGUGGUAGCAGUUGAAGAAGCAUUCACCCACAUUAAGCACAUGAAGACAGAGGAGCAGCAGAAAGCCCCUGGAGAAGUAAUGGAUGCCCGAGAGGCAGCCCAGGCCAUCUUCCCUUCCAUGGCAAGAGUGCUGCAGAAGUAUUUACGGACUACCCGGCAACAACCCUACCACACCAUGGAGAGCAUUUUGCAACAUUUGGCUUUCUGUAUCACCCACAAUAUGACACCAAAGGCUUUCCUGGAACGGUAUCUUACUCCAGGCCCAACUCUGCAGUAUGACAAGGAUCGUUGGUUCUCCAAACACUGGACACUUAUAAGUGAAGAAGCUGUUACAAGGGGACUAAGGGAUGGUGUUGUAUUUGUCCUCAAGUGCUUGGACUUCAGCCUUGUCAUUAAUGUGAAAAAGAUCCCUUUCAUCAAACUCUCAGAAGAGUUUUUAGACCCCAAAUUUCACAAGUUUGCCUUUCGCUUACAGUCGGAAACAUCAGUUUAGAGUGGCAUGUGUCUGUGGCUGAGAAGAGGGUAGUCUCUGACUUUAUGCAUUCAGGUGUCUGGAUUACAGUAUAUGUUUGGUUUCCCCUUUCCCUGUUGUUAAGUUCAAAAAGCACAGGUGGUGGACCACAAAGAUUUCUACCAUCUGCACUUUAUCAGGAAAGAGGAGAUAGGAGAUUCUCUAGAAAGAUCCAAAGAGUGCAAUGGGUCGGAUGGAGCACAUUUACCUGGUCAGAAUGACUAACCUUAGUUCAUGCACUCUGCAGAGAACCAUUCACUACUGUGGUGCCCUGUUUUGUCCUGCCUUCCUACUUUAGAGCAGCUGAUGUGUAUCUUUUGCUCAUGCUUCACCCUACCUUUUAUCUGUAUUCACAAUGUAUACUGUUCUAUAGAUCAGCAUCACUUUGCUCAGCUUUUGUCAGUUGCCUAUGUAGAUCAUGUUCACAGAUGAUUCUGUCAGCCCUCGUUUUGUACUAUCCAUAAUUUAGAACCCAGAUCAUAACUUGAGAUUCCAAAGAGGCACCAGGCAAUGCAUUGCAUUGUCUACAUGUCUGCUUUCCUUUUAUAUUCUCUGUGGCCUGCAUGACCAAAAUAAAAGAAAUACCUGUUUUCAGGAGACAGCAGCUUCUGGAGAUGGAGCAAUGCGUAUAAAUUUAAUUUGUCAAUUCACCUAAUGUCAGACUGAAAUUUUUAAAACUUCCUUAUUGUGGCUUGUUCAAAUGACAUAACUGAACAAAUGAUCAAGAGGACUUUGAGUUAAUCUGUCAAGUGGUGUCUGCUGGAGAAAAUGGAGGUGUCAUUCUUCUUCUUAAAGAGCAUCCUUUUUUGUAUCUAGAGGGGGAAAUUGUAAUUAGAAGAAAAAAUAAGGCUCGGUCUUUCAGUAAUCUUUCUAUACUAGGUGUUUUGCACACUGACCAGUGGUCCUUUUGGCAGUGUGUACCCACACAUGUGCCCAAACAAAUCAAGUACCUUCUUCCCUCCUCGUUCUAUGUGGCAGACAAUUUUUCUCAUCCUGUACAGUCUGUCUGUUUCUUACCUUUACCCCAAAUAUAUUUAUGUAGUUGCAAAAAGACUUGAAUGCUGAGCAUUCACUUGUGAAAAGGGAACUCUGAUUUUUUUUACUAUAAAGAAGAAAACAUAAGUAGAAUCUACUGUCAGAGAUGUUUAGCCUUAGUGCCUCUCGCCAUGGCACAAGUUUAUAAGAACCUGGUUUUAGGGCAGUGUUUGAAUACCAUCUGAGAGCAACAGAUCCAAAUAGUCAGCCAUUAUUUGUGCUUUUCACAGAAACUCUGUUCUCUUCAAUAAGCUAUCAUACGUAGAUCAGUCUCUCACCACAUUCCGCCAUCUAUUAAACUAAUAAUCUUAUUGAAAAAUAUAUAAUUCUUUGGCAGGAUUUGUUCUUGACAAACGAAUGCUGGCUCCUGCUGAUUGUGUCAUUGUCAUCGAGAUAUUUGCAGACAGACUCCUAAUAUUUUUCUUGGUAUUGAGAUUGCACCACUGAUCUGUAGUUUUCUGGAUCUUCUCAAAAAUUUAGGAAAAAAAAUUAAAAGUUUAGAGGGCACACAGCAGGUUUCUUCAGAACUUUGAGAUGAAGUUGGUCUGGCUCCUCAUAUUUGAAGUCAUUUAGCUUAGCUAGCAGAUUCCUUGCAAAUUCUCUAUAAAUCUUGGCUUGCAGUCCAGAUCCCUUGGCAAAAUCUCUGCUGUUGAAUGGAAACACAUAGUUCUCCUCGGUGGGAAAAUAGAGAAUAGUUCUGCCUUUCCACUGUGAUCUGUUAGCAUUUUACCAUCCCCCUCCUUGAUCAUUUUUCUCUCUCAAAUGUAUCAAAAGAACAUUUUUGUUGAUUGCCUAGCCAAUCUCAGUUCAUCUUGAGAUUUAACUUAUGCUGUUCUUACAAACUUAGGCUAGAGAUCUGUCCUCUUCCUUAUUGAUCCUUCCUUCUAUAUCCUUUUUUUCACUUCCUCCUUGAGUUUGCUGUGCGGCCACCUUGGCUUUUUCCAAAGUUUCUCCAUCUUCUCCCUUAUUUCUUUGCUGGUUUCAAGUGCUGUUGUUAUGCAUUCUUUUGAUCAAGCUUAUUGAUUUUUUAAAACUCAUGCAAAGGUGAAAAAUGUAUAAAGUUAAUCAGAUAGUAGUUAAUACAAAUAUGAAUAACAAGAGAUGUCUAGUUCACAAUUUUUCCAAUACAAAUUUUCCAAUAUAGCCAUUAUAACAUUCAGUUGUGACAUUAAGCCAUAAAUAUUUUGCGUUGAACUGUGUUUCAGUAAUUAACAAAAAGAGGCCUUAUUUCUUCACACACAACAAAUGAACGUAUUUCCCUAUUCAAAUGAUUAAAACAAGCAAACUGGCUAUCUGCUAUAUUUCUUUCAACUUUUCAUUCACACUAGAAAGGAAGCUGUGUUUUUUCACUAUAUUUUCUUUAAACCCAUAGUUUAUAAUAUAAAAUUUCCAACUAAGACAUUAUUUCCCCCUUUCAUUUCCUAAUGGAUAAUGACUCGUUAGCUUAACAAGAGUUUGAUACAAAAUUUUCUCAGUUCUUAAAACAUGUGUCUUCUCCCUUCUAAAGUUUUCCCAUGUAUUUAAGAAUUGGGCAUAUGUAGAUUUUUUUUGGGUCUUAUAUCAUGAUCUGUACAAUAUGCACAUUUCAAAAGGAGGGCAGAUUUUUAUUUUGUAGAAAAGGUCUCUCUGACACAAUCUUUCAUUAGUACUCCAUUUACGUACCAGCAUCUUGAACCCUGAGGGUUUGUUAAGACUUGUCAGGUUUGGACAAGCUGAGGGGAAAGCUUUCUACUGUGAAUGCUCACCAUUGUGAAAGAGCUUACGUAGAGUUCUACUGCAUUCAAACUGUAAUUUUGGAUUGAAAUCUGAACAAUGCAGAUGAAGCAUUAAGGGGAGUAGAACCCAAAUUCUCACCUAGAGCCAUUAGGUCUUGCUUCACAUAAAAUUAUAUAUAUCCUGAUUGAAAAAUCACUCAAAUGUAGACAUGGUGAUGAAAUGAUAAGAUAAAGGAUCUAUUCAUUCUCCAAGUCAACAAAGCUCUUGCUUGAACGUUUAAGCAAGUGGCUUGAUUCAGCUCAAAUUUGAAGCAUGUGUUUAACAUUAGCAUGGCUUGGAUUCAGGUUAUGUUAUGAAUGCCACUACAUUCUUGCUUUUCAAGGCUGACAAACUUUUUGUUUCUUAAUAGUCUCUUCUAUUUCUGUAUUAUAUGAAAAAGCCAAGUUAUUGAAAGGACAGUACCGUUUGGGGAAUGAUGUUCCAACAAAAGACUGAUUUUUCUUUUCUACCCACUCAUUCUUCUCUGAAGUGUUCUGGUAGCUGGUUUAAUUUGGAUUUUUAUAUAACAAGCCACAGUGGUCUCCCCUUCCCUUUCUCAGUUGAGACUUUUUGGAAAGAAAGAAAGGACAGCCCUUCCUGGUGCCAUCAUUAUGUCAUAUCAGUUUUGACAGCACAGCUGCAGUCUCUCUGCUCUUUAACGUCUAACCCUUUGGCCCCCAAAUCAGUUAAACUGGGUGAGCCAACUUUGACUUGUGUUGUCGAAGGCUUUCAUGGCCUGGAUCACAUGGCCACACAGCCCGAAAGACAUACAACAACCCAACUUUGACUUGUUAACCAUAUAAUUCAGAACCAAAGACCUACCUAGCUUGCUAACUGCAUUGUAUUAUUUCUAUCCCUUGAGAACUCUGAAGAUUAUUUAUUAAGGAAAUGUUGACUUUCUUCACCUCCUUACUUAUUCUUAUGUGUUAAAUGCCUGUGAAAAUAUCAAAAAUUUAUAAAAUUCCCAAACAGCAGGAACAUCUGCUGCAGAAAUAUAGAAAUUGUUAGCUGCUGCCUGCAUCCUCCAAUUCAAAAAGCCCCAAUUGACAUUGUUGUGUAAUGAAUUUCACCAGUAUAUUUAAUUGAAAGGUUCUUUCCUGUUUCAACACCUUACUGGAUUUAAACCUGAAUGCGAGGGUAAACCUCUCCCUCUUUGGGAUGUUUACUUUUGCAUUCCCUUGAGAUUGGAAAGAAGGCAAAGAUUGGAAGAAUGUGGUUGGGCGGUGUGCUCAUAUUGUCUUGCUCCAUCUGGCCUAGUUUUCUUUGCUUCAUUCUUUUCUUGGUGCCUCUCCUUUUUGUUUGAGGUAUGAAAAUAGUACAUUAAUUUUUAUUACUUUGCUGGGACAUUGUGACGUUAUUGAUCCUCAUGGAAGUUUUUUUCAGGACAUCCACAUACUCAAUAAUACGGAAGCAGUAAAACAGCAGUUAUUUUAGUUAGGAGGAACAUACUAUGUUACUGGUUGUUGUGUCCCAUUUUUGUCAAUGCUAUUCUCAUGAACCCGAGUUCCAGAGAACCAGCAUGUGUGUGCCUGAUUUCCUCUGUGCUAAUUUAAUAUAUGAGCUAUUUAAUAUAUGAGCUAUGAGCUGCAACUAUGAGCUAUUUGGUAAAUGCUAUGGGAAAUAUAAACUUUGGUACACAGAGACCAGGGGGACUGCUGGGUGCCUGUGUCCUUUCUCUUGCUCAUACUUGAAGCAACACAGGAAAUGACUUUGCCACCCACUUUCUGGCCUGGUCUCUGGAUACUGUCACUAGAAAGGCAAUGCAGAAACUGGUAUAGGAAGGCAGCCCACAAUUGGCAAUAGCCAGUAAAGGCAGUCCUCAAGGUACAACAAAAAAUAGCUUCUGUAGGUUUGUACUAAAGUUGAAUGUGUAUAUACGUCAGAACAGGUGCAUUUUUAAAAUGCAGAUUAUGUGUGUGUGUGUGUGUGUGUGUGUGUGUGUCGCUUUGGGUAGCGUAGAGAAGGGUUAACACUCCUGUAUUGUUUGUUUUGCUGUCUGUGCCCCUGUUUCACCUCACUUUCUGUCCCUGUGAGAAUUGGAUUUUGAAAAAUUUGGCUUAUUAUGGAAACCAGGAUUGGUGAGAAAGCUUUUGUGGAGACACCUUUUUCCCGAUGAUAAAUCCUCCAGGAGUGAAUUUUCCUUCCUGAGGAUAGAUUUCUGUCACUUCCUGUUGUCUCACCCCUGUUCUUCACUAUGGGUUGUUUAUAUGUCGGAUGUUUGUAACUCAGGGACUGCCUGUACAGUUAUUUUUUACUUGCACUGUAUUGCUUUGGGUUCCUCGUGAUCACCUUGUCAGUGUAAAGCCUGUCCCUUAUUGCUGCCAUGGAAGUUGUCAAAUUGAUUUGCAUUUUCAUUUAUCAAAACCCAACAUAAACUUGCAAAGGUGGGGAAACACUGAAACUGGCAGAUUUAUGUUUGUUCAAAGGGACAUUGAAAGAAUUCAGCAGCUUAAAAUGUUUAAAAUGCCUGGCUGUAAUGUUUUGUUUUGGAGUCUCCAUACCUUCUUUGGUGAUGUGACCAUAUAGCUUCCUUGCAUUGAGGGAUGAGGGAGUGGAGCAUAGGGAGUACAUGUGGUGGUGGUUACAUGCACCAGUGUGGCAGAGUGCACAUUCAUGCCCACAGAGGGUUGUGUUGACAAUGUAGCUAAGUCAGUGACUGUUACAACAAAUGCUCUAUUUUUAAUUCUCUGUACGAACAUAGUAAUGUAACCACCCUUGUCUCAUCACAAAUGGACAGGCAAACUAAUGUGACCCCAAUUUUCAGGCAAAAUUGAGAAUUUUGGCAUAGAAAAUAUUAGCUCAGUUAGAAAAAAUGUACUGACUGGAGGAAGAGGAAACUGGAAAGGGUUUUAUAUGAUAACUUUAUUUUUGUACCCCGCCUCCAUCUUCCUGAAGGGACUCAGGGUGGCUUACAUAUGGCACAAGGUGCCUAAAACAACAUAUAAAAUAAACACACAAGUGCAAUACAAAAUAAAACCACUAGUAUAUAAAACAACAGUUUGAAUUCAGAACAGCACCAAUAACCUAUAGUGCCAUCUAUCAUAAAAACAUGGCCAACUGUAAAUAACAAAAAAAGGAAAGGCAUAGUGCAAGUUGUGGCAAAGGAACAAGGGAGUGGGAUAAAAGUGCUGUGCUGUAUCAUGAUUGCAGACCAUUGAGCUAGACAGUCUCAAAGGCUUGUCUAAACAUUCAUCUUCAAUUCCCUCUGGGCCUGAGAAGGGCAUUCAAAAGCCCAGGGGACCACCACUGAGAAGGCCCGCUCCCUUGUCCCCACCAACCGUGCUUGUGAUGGUGGUGGGACUGCGAGAAAGACCUCCCUGGCAGAUCUUAACACUCAUGCAGAUGCAUGGGGGUCAUGAAGAUAGGCAGGGCCCGGUUUAAGCCAAGGUCUGCUUCACUUUCAUCAUGCUUUUCUAUAUGACUUUUUUCAAACAAAUGGUACAUUCAUGUUUGUCCUAGAAGAAAAAGAGAGAGUAGUAGGAAAUCACCCUGUGUAGUAAUACUCAGAAUUCGGUCCAGGGACAUGCACGGCUCAUUUUAGGACACAGCCCAGUAAUAACUACUGUAUUUUCAUGUUCAUCCAUCCAGGAUUUCAUAUAUGCAGUGAUUUCUGUGACAAUGAUGGCAUGUCUUGGGAGCCCUACUAUCAUGAAAAUGUGUUUUAAAGAAUUAUGCCAAACAGAUUUCAGACAGUAUCACAGUGCAAGCAUAGCCUACUUAUUACUGCUCUGCCAUCCAUUAUCUAUGCCUCUGGCAUUGUGUUUUAAUGAAUUGUAUGAGCAAUGGUAGCUACACAUGCUAUUGUCCAUUUUGUAUCAAGUUUGAAUUCAUGUUCCAUUCCCAAUCUUUUUUAAAUCCAUAGUUUGCAACAAUACUGUGGAAAAUAUAUUGUAUUGCAACAAAACUUAUUGAAUCACCACUGGUAGCAGUUAAAUGUAGUAGGCAGCACUAGAAAUUUUUACACAUUACACAUCAGAAAAAAACAGUGGAGGUGUUUAAAUAAUGCCCUGCUCUGUGCUUGCUGAUAUCAAACAUAGUCAUCCAAACAGUCAAGGGCUUUACAAUAUACCCAAACACAUAACAUAACUACAGCGGGACCAUGACCUCUCAUGGUGGUGGCGAGGUGACUUCAUUUUCUCUGAUGCUAAUCUUUCCCCAGAAGAACAUUAUUGGAAAAACAUAAUUGCCUCCUCUACUUUGUCACUUACACAGACCUAACUGUGAAAUAUUGUAAUUCUCAGUGCCUGUUUUUAAUCCGCCAUUGUUGAGUGUUGAGGAUAGGUAUUUCCUGCUGAACGCCCCUCUCUUUUGAUCACUGUACACUGUUCAGCACGACUGCCUUUCUGCACAAAUUGUAUUCAGUAUCUUAACAUCUCUUUCUGUCUUUCUAUUUUAAAAGACAGUGUCUCUGCACACUUACCUAACUUUAAUGUCAGUGAUGUAACUUUGGAUACACUGUAUAUCAACCGUAAUUGUUUGGGCUCUCAACUUUGAUAUCUGUUUUUUGAACUGAAACAUUGACACCAUUUUACACUUUGCAUAUUUGUACAGUUAACUUGAAAUAAAGUGAAAUUGUACAUUCUUA